CCUCGCGGAGAGAGAUACCUUGACCUUCCACAGACGACGACACUCUCACAUUUCUCCCUCGUUUUCUAGUAUCUCCAGUUAAUUGAACCAAGGACACCUGAAUAAUAUACAUCUUGUCGACUCCAUCAUGUCUGCUACCCAGGAGAGAACAGGAGCGCAGUCGGUGUUCCCACGGAGCCAUGUUGGUUUCGACAGCAUCACAUCGCAGAUCGAGCGCAAGCUCCUGAAGCGCGGUUUCCAGUUCAAUGUUAUCUGCGUUGGUCAAACCGGUCUUGGAAAGUCAACUCUCAUCAACACCAUCUUCGCAUCCCACCUCAUCGAUUCGAAGGGACGUCUCGCUCCAGAUGAGCCAGUCCGCUCCACGACCGAGAUCCAAACCGUGUCGCACAUUAUCGAGGAGAACGGUGUGCGCCUCCGCCUGAACAUUGUCGAUACCCCGGGUUACGGCGACCAAGUAAACAACGACAGAUGCUGGGACCCAAUCGUCAAGUACAUCAAGGACCAGCACUCCGCCUACCUCCGCAAGGAGCUCACUGCUCAAAGAGAGCGUUACAUCCAAGAUACCCGCAUUCACUGCUGCCUCUUCUUCAUCCAGCCUUCCGGCCACGCCCUGAAGCCAAUCGAUAUUGUUGUGCUUAAGAAGCUCUCCGACGUUGUCAACGUUGUGCCAGUUAUCGCCAAGUCUGACUCUUUAACACUUGAGGAGCGCAGCGCAUUCAAGGAGAGAAUCAAGGAGGAGUUUGCCUUCCACAACCUGAAGAUGUACCCAUACGAUAACGAUGAGCUUGACGAGGAGGAGCGCGCCCUGAAUGCGCAGAUCAAGGAUAUCAUCCCAUUCGCUGUUGUUGGCUCUGAGAAGUCCAUCAUCGUCGCGGGCAAGCAGGUUCGUGGUCGCCAAAACCGCUGGGGUGUUAUCAAUGUCGAGGAUGAGAACCACUGCGAAUUUGUGUACCUCCGCAACUUCCUCACUCGCACUCACUUGCAAGACCUGAUCGAGACGACGUCUCAGAUCCACUACGAGACUUUCCGUGCCAAGCAGCUUCUGGCCCUGAAGGAGAGCAGCGCUGCUGGACACGCCGGCAGCCGACCCAUCAGCCCUGCGGCGGAUCGUGAGAUGAGCAGGAGCUCCCAGAGGAUGACUAUGAACGGUUACUGAGUCGAGAUUUAAUAUGUUGUUUAUUACCCAAGGUUUUAUGAAAGCGAGAUGAUAUUUGUCCAAUCGCGAAGGCAAGGAGUCUCAUUGAAAGGGGCUGGGCAAUGUCUAACCCAUUGAGAUGGGUCGACAUUCACUGCGUUACUUGUUUUUCUUGCUGUAUUAGCCAAUUCUAAUUCGAGAAUGUUACAAGAUGGAGUUGUUGCUGCAUCUUUUCCAGUA